UGUUAUUCAUGUUCAUGUCAUAAUUUUAAUGUUUAUGUGGUGUUUUGAUAUGCUUGCUAGUUUCUUCGUAGAAUAUUGUAAACAAAAAGAGGUUUUAUAUUUAAAAAGAUGGUCGAUGAUCUCAGGAAAUAUUUGAAUCAUUUAUUAGAGAAGGUGAAUGGUCUUCAUUGUAUUUUGAUAACUGAUCGGGAUGGUGUUCCGGUUGUACGUGCGGUGACUGAAAGGGCUCCUCCUUUAGCUUUAAGACCAAAUUUUAUAUCAACAUUUGGGAUGGCCACAGAUCAAGCAAGUAAACUUGGUUUGGGCAGAAAUAAGACUAUUAUCUCCAUGUAUUCUAGUUACCAGGUGAUUCAAAUGAAUAAGCUACCACUAGUCAUCACCUUCAUUGGGAGUGACAAUUGCAAUACUGGCCAUAUACUGUCACUGGAGACACAAAUAGAACCUUUUUUGAAGGAUCUUGCGGCAGUUGUAGCGGAUGCACCAUAGCAUAUAGAGAUAUCCCAUAUUAUUACAUAAACAUAUAUACAACUGUGUUGAACAUUAUAAAAUUUAUUUGUAAAGUAUCAUAUUAUGUAUAAA